CCUGGGGAGGACCUCCCAGGACUGACAAAGGAAGCAAACUCUAAACAAGGCUGAGCAGCCAGUCCUGUUUCUGAGAAGUCCGAGGAAGGGUUCCAAGGCCAAACAGCAGCACAACCGCAGAUUAACUUGCUUUUUAGGGGAAAAUGAAGCGCGGGAUUUGCUUUAUUCUUCUCCUGUACGUUCCCUGCUGCCGGUUCAGCGAGCUCUACUUUGUUCCUCGGGAAAAAGCCGCCUUUGAAAAAGCACAGAAUAUCUGCAAUGGUUUGUUGACUGACAUGAAGAACAUGGAAGAAGCUCAAAGUAUUUUUUCAGUUGUGUCAGAUGCAGUGCAGAGUGAUGGGAUUUUCCAUUUCUGGAUAGGCUUGAAGAAGCCCAAAACGAGAUGUGUGGAGAAAAAUGCACCACUGAAAGGGUUUGUAUGGACAGUGGACAACAGUACUGAUUCAAAACUGAAUGAGUGGAACCAAGAUCCUCCGGAGACCUGUACAGGCACGCUGUGUGGAUUACUGUCUGUGGACAUCAGGAAGGGCACUGUGGAUAACUGGAGUUUUAAAAGCAUGGGAUGCAAGAUAGAAAACAGAUUUAUUUGUAAAAGACCACACUAUGAAAUGAAAAUAAAAUUCAUCAGAGUGCCUGAUGAACCCCAGGUGAUGGAAGUUCGUUGUCCACUUGGGGCAGUGAUCUUGGUGCAUCCUCAGCCUGAUGGAGACCUGAAGCUCGACAACGGUUCGAGUAUAAACGACGUGCUCCUCUGCCCUGAAUGCGAGUCUGGACAUCCUGGGAGCCACAAGGAAAGCUGUGGGGACCAUUGUGACCUGUGCAGUUUUGGCUGCAUUGACUACGAAACUUCGUCUGUUUGUAAUUGCGUGAAGGGUUACGUGCAAAGUGAAGAUGGGACAUCAUGUAAGAAAAUGUCAGCCAGGCAAGACGAUCCAUCAACCGUGUCACUAAAUCUUGUUUCAUCUUACCCACCUACCUUCAACAGCACUCCACUCGCUCCAACCUCUGGGAUCAACACCAUGACCACUGCUGCCACUCAGCUGCAAAACACAUUUGAGGGCAAAUUCAGCAUUUUUAUACCAGUCCUCGUGGUACUCUCGGUGCUGGUGGUUUUAGUUGUGCUUGUUUUAGCCAUCAUAAAGUGCUGUCUCAGGAAAAAUUCAAAAAAACUUUCAGGAAAAAAGGAGCUGAAGUCCAAAGAAUCUGUGGAUCUCAGAACUAGCGACUCAAUGAAACAAUGCCAUGAAAAAGAGACACCAUAGCAAAAAAUUAAAGAAGCUCCAAAUCUACACCUGAGAGCUGCUAAAUCUUCAAGAAUUUGCAUUUUCACGAAAGGUAACAUGCUGAGGCUGUCCUCUAUACAUUAACUUUCUUCACUGGUGAAUGAAAACAGCAGAGGGGAAGAUGUAAAUUAGAUUUGAACCGAAGUCUAUUAAAAUCAGCUGUAAAUUAUUUCAAAUAUCAGAUCAAUGUUGUUUAUAAUUUUACAACUCCAGGGACUGCAGCUGUAUAUUUUCUCCCUAGUGUGUGCACAUUAACCUUUGUUUUACUGAAGACGUGUUGUAUAUAAUGUAAUAUUAUUUCAUUAAUUUUGACUGUAUCAAACUGUGUAGUUAUGAACGAAGGUCUUAUUAAGUAUUUUCUGAACUCUCACUGCUCUGCUCUCCUCUCUUCGCAGAGGUUCACUGGAAAGCAGGUAAAUGUAAAACUCGUAAAUGUAAGCAGCAAAGUCAAACCACAGUUCGCUCUUCAAAA